AUGCGAGCGGCGUGUUGCUCUGCUGCGUUGCACCAUGCGGGAACCAGGGUGGGACUCGGCGUCUUGCGUUUGCACGCGAAAAACUGCCGUGCCGCAAGGCGCUUUUGCCCCGGCGACCAGGCAAGUGGGCUCUGCUCGUCAAGCGCCAGAGUCGAGCAAACAGCGGCAGAGAGAGAGAGGCUGCUGAAUACAAGCGGGCAGGAGACGCAUGCAGCGGAGCGGUCACCUCUGGUUAGGGAAGCUCGAAGAGCUUGCGUCCAGCGCAGGAGCCUCGUCGACAUUUACCAGGCAGCUGAGAAGGUCCAAGACCAUCUGGCGCGGGGUGCUGUCACCGCGAGGGACGCCGCAACACUGUUGAGCUUAUUCGCAAAAAAGAAGUUUGCGCACAAGCCUUUCUGGCGCUCGGCAGGCAGGAGCUUCCGGCCGCUGCUUCCCGACCUUGAUGCGAAAGGAAUGGCGUUGGUCCUAAAUGCCUUCGCCAACGCGGGUGUGGUCAACCGAACUCUUUUCAAAGAGGCCUCACACCUCAUUAUUUCGGGCAGCACAGAUGCUCUGACGAAGACGUCCCACAAGCCAGCAUGUGAUAGGCACGCUGUAGCCGGCGGAGCGGUAGAUCCCGUGGUCGCAGAGAGAGGAACCGCUUGUCAGUCGAAUUCGGCUCACGGAGAUGUAGGAGAUGCCACUCUUUUUGCCGCCGGUGUUGAAAGGCCACAGGGGGAAGUGGCACCUCAGGGCGGAACGGCGACUGACACACAGGAUUUGUCUCCGUCUGGAGAUGAGACAGCGGCGGUCGCUGCAAAAGCGACGGCCUCGGUGGGACUGCAGGGUUUGCCUCAACCCGCUCGCUGCCACGAAGGCGUUGAAGCGUUCCUUGUACCGUCGGCGCUAAACCCAAGACUCAAGAGAGGCGAGAUGUCGGUGGCGCGCUGUGCCCAUGACCGGGAACAUGCCGCCACUGCGCUCGCUCAACAAGGGGAGGCUCUUUGCAACCUCGCUUCACGGACCUCUACGACAGCGGCAAAGUCCAACGCCCCGUGUCGCCGGGAGUUGGAGGGAUUGUCGGUCGAUCGCGACCCCCACAGCCCAGGACAUCCGUCUACACUUGGUGACAAACAAAGAGGACCCAGCAGCUCACGAGUUGACAGCGAGAAGAGUCCGGAGCGGGGCUUGUCCCGCCCAGCUGCAGAGACACCACCACGCGAGGCCGAGCCUGACAGUGAGCAGGCGGCCGAGAAGUGUCUCCGGACAGACUCACGAGACAGUGAGUCGCUGGACACGCUGGCAAGCAUUUUCGCUCCGGUGCCCUGCGAGCAGCCCAAGCGGCCGGAUGAACCUCCGAGUUGCCCACAGACACAGUGCGGCGAGGACGAAUGGCAGACCUUCGCCGCUUCUGGCGGAACUGCUGAAGAGAUUGCUGACAGCUCUGUGAGCAAGGGUAUGGGGCGGGAUCCCAGUACAAGCAUACCAGGGAAGGAAACCGGGCGAGUGCGCCACAUGGGAUCUAGGGGUGGAGCCCUGGUAGAUGAAAUGAAUGCACAUGAUGUUGCCCUCGUUGCAAACGCCUUCGCGAAACUUGGCGUGAGGGACGCCGAGUUGUAUUCCACACUGGCGGCCCGCCUCCCGGCGAUUGUGUCGAUGGCUACAUCGCUUCAGCUUGUAACUCUUUUUGCUGCCUACUCGAAGGCCGGUGUUCACGACUUCUCUGUUUUUCACGCCAUUUCAAGGGAACUGCUCCACGGCGAAACUCGCCUGGCGGCGGGUGAGGGAGAGCAUGCAUAUGUGCCUCCAAAAAUAAGGGAGUUGGACGCCAACGCAGUUGCCAUCCUGCUGAAUCACAUGCAGAAAGCGAAUUUCAUCGAGCCUUCUCUUGCCUCUGCUCUGUUGAAUCACUUGGAAAGAAGCCCUUCGUUGCUGAGAAUGAAGAAACGCGCAUGUCAAGGUAGAGGAAACGCUCCAGUCGGUGUGCGCGGCGUUGAGGAGGCAGGCUUUGAACGUUUGCCGUACGCGAGUGGCGGUACGUGCUCUCCGCCUCUAGAAGAAAUACCGCCCAGCGUGAUAUCUGACAGGCGGGCAACGAGGUCGUUUGGAAAAGAGGCAUCUUGUCCCGCGCAUAAGGGGACACAUGAAUCUGGAGAAUUACAAGAAGUGCUGUUGUAUGAGGAUCUGGGACCACGAGAAUUAUCCUUGACAUUGAAUGCGCUCAGCAGGCUGCCGCAUCCCCAGUCACUGAGGGAGGCCCUCGUGACUUUUGCCUCAAACGUGCUGUCGUCGAUGAACGACACAGACGUCCUAAUAACGACGAAGGCUUUGCUCCGGCUUCAAUCCAAGCUUUGCCACUCCGACGCGGAGACACUUUUUCUACAGAUACGGAGCCGUUUUCGCACUCACAGCUGCGGUGUUAUAGAACUGGCUGCGCUGGCCAGCGGUCUCCAGCGCCUCGUUGUCCUGGCGCCCCAUUUAAGGAACCCCGCGAAGCAUCUAGUACAGGAAAUCGCGCCCCACUUAUCAAACAGGCUCUACAAACUGGACAAUCGUACGCUGGUGCAGCUCGCCUCAGCGGUAGUAGCCCUGGAGGCUUAUGAGGAAAACCUAUUCCAAGAACUUCUCGUAGAGGUUUCUAGGCGUCUUCCGGAUUUGUCCCUGGAAGAGAAACUCAAGGCCUUGCAUGUCGUCCACGUGCUAGCUCGAGGCGGCUCCACGGUCGCGGAAGAGGUAGUCCCUUUUCUUGUCUGUAGCAUUCUCGAAAAAACUGAGAAACUGCGAGACGAGGGGCUGCCCGCACUGAAUGCGGCAGGCGCCAAGACACUCGUGGUCGCUGCCAGUGAACUGAGAGUGCUUGGAGGGCCGCUGAAGGAACGCCUGCUUCUACAGGUAGCCCAAGUCGUGCCGCACAUGAGCGGGGGGCAGAAGCUGGCCGUCGCGAUGGCGCUCCUCGCUGACAGCAGCCCGACUGGCGGUGCGACCUCAGAGUGCUCAGUGUGGACAGCGUUGAUCAGCGGGUUGACGUCUCUUCAGGAAAGAGCGGUUCCACAGGAAGUGCCGGGAGAAAUCGGCAUUCUCCAGGUACCCCGCAGCUGUGCACCAGAAAGCCCUCCAGGUUUGCAUGAUUUUGCCGGCAACUUAACUCACUUCCCGCGGGACUGUGGUAGCCAUGACGAUCGGGGGGCCUCUGCUGACGAAGAACGCGAAGAGGGAAAGCGCCUUGGAACUCGCAUACAGUCCCUCACUAGUGGGGGAGGAGCGCUCGUAGCAUCCGAAAAAGCUGCCUGGGCGCAAUUCCAGAAAUCGCUCUGCAAGGUUCUCAUCGGCUGGUCUUUGCUUGUGGCCCGUGCAUGCCACAUCGCACCGUUCUACGGAUCAGAGCAACUAUCUCUAGAUGACCGCUCGGGGGUUGUGGAAAACACGCCAUUGACGGAUGACUCAGUUGUAGCGGCUGCGAGGACAAGCGAGAGAGUUAGCCGCUUCCUAAAGUCCGAGCAGACUCGGCUUGACACUCUUUUGAACGCCAGUCGAUGUGACGAGUUUUGGAAGAUUCGUCUUUCCUCUCCUCUGACUGAAAGCCUGCUGAAGAGCUUCAAGUCUCAUGUGCCACUUCUUGCACGGUCGGCCGCUGAUCAACCGACGCCGGACAUGGGUGGCCAUGAAACCCUUGCUGGUGAAAUUCAAGGGACUCUGUUAACCGUGGCCAGUGAAGCGUGGCAGGCUACAUUAACUGACUUUAUCUUACGCGAGGGACGCGCUCUGAAACAGAAGACUCAUGUCGAUGCCUUAGAGCGACUUAUUCCGCUGAGGGUGUCAGCGGAGCAAACCGAGGGGGAGGCUUUACGAAGGUUGGUAGCUUUGGAGCUCGAGCGCAUAAGUACCAGAUCCUACUACACGCGGUUUCUGUCAGCACGAGAGACCACAAGCGUGUCCAGUGCGGUGCGGCCUGCUGCGUCUUCCGCAUGCUAUGUCGUAGGACAAACAAAAGGCCACCCCGCAGUGUACUUGUUUCCCGUGGUCGGACCGUUCGUCGUCACUGCGAUUGUGGAUUUUCCUGAAGGCUUCAAACAAGCAUUCGGGACGGCUACCGCACAGUGA